ACUUUUGGCAACACUGACAAGAUGGCGCCACGCUGAGGCCCCGACCCAUGCAGCCAGAUUUCCUUACUUCACCUCCUCUUACUCGCGAAGCAGGAGCAUGUCCAGCGAUGACUUCCGUGUUUGUCCCUAUGAUCCACAUCAUGUUGUCAGUGCUCGGAGGUACUUGGUUCACUUGAUUAAGUGUGGAGAGAAAUCUCCUGUGGUUCUUGAAGAAUGCCCAUUCAAUGCCCAGCAUCGAAUAAAGCCGGAAGAGGUCCAGGAACACUUAGAGAAUUGUCCUGACCGCAGGAUUGUGGAUUCCUCUAAACUGCCAAAGCAGAGGGGUUUGGGUUGUACAGUGGUUCCACCAUAUGUAGGCCUAUAUGAACCCAUCAAAUCACAUGAAGCUUGGGAUAUGCCUGCAAGCAGCUCAGGAAGAGCUGUGUGGCGGAACCCUAUCAAGCCAGACAGCAAGCAUUCAGAGUCCAGUGAUGAAGGGGAUUCAGAUGAGGAAGAUCCUCCUAUGAGUGUUGGUCGAGGAAGAAGUAAAAAAGUUCCCUUGGGGCAGAUUUUGCCACGGGAGCCACAUUCUGAGUACACUCCUGCACAUGCAUUCAGGGUUGCCCAGGAAGGAAGCCCUAAGAUGUUGGGGAUCAAAAAGGAGAAUCUCAAAGUGGAAGAUUGGAAUGGAUGGUCCUCAACUGGAGAUAGCAGUUCUGACCAUCUAAAGAGACCUGGCCUGAUUGGUGGAACUGAGGGGUGCAAGGGAGCUGGAGUCUCAUGUGUUGACAGUGCUGCAGGAAGAACAUCUCAGGGAUCUGAGGGUGAAGGCAUUGCAGUGAAUGAUGUUGCCGGUGUGGUUAGAGUGGAUGGUAGCUCACUGAAUAUCACAUCCUCUGCUGGAAUGGAUGAGUUUCCGGCCAGUAGUGCUUCAGCAGUUUCUAAGAAGUUAGAUGCUAGUGAAGAUGGAGCUUCCAACUCUCCUCAUUUAAGUGAUGGAGGGCCUGAUGUAUGGCUACCAAAUCUCUUAAUGGGAAGGGGAAGAGGUAUGAUUUCCUCCUCGAGGGAUCAUGUCCGUAAGCCAACACCGGUUAUCACCCCACUUGAUAGGGGGGGAGCUGCAUCUUCGCAUCCUCCACCCGAAGCCUCUCACUUGCCUGGAUCUGUGGCUGAUCCUUCCAGUACUUCCAAUACCCUAGGUGAGAUGACUAGGUGGCUGAAGAGAUUUGCCUAUAAUACUUCAGGCUUCCGAAAGUAUGGGCUGAGAUACGACGACUGCUUGUACGAGACGGCAGAAGUGAAGGAGGCCAUCAGUCGUCUCCCACUGUACCUUCAGGAUGAGCGUGCAUGGAGGAUCUCUCGUGCGCUGCAUUUGAACCUCCGGAAGGAUAUCCUCCCGAAGGACCAGUGGACUAAGUAUGAGGAAGAAUCCAAAAUUGAUAUGUUCACAAGAGCUGGAAACACCACAAAAAAUAAAGGACCCAAAUCUGACCUUGGUCCUUGCACACCAGCAGUCGGAUCCCUAAAAGAGGCCAGAGGACCCCGGACAGCUCGGGCCAUCCCAGGCGGCACUGAAGCCAUGCCAGGCGGCGCUGAAGCCAUGCCAGGCGGCGCUGAAGCCAUGCCAGGCGGCACUGAAGCCAUGCCAGGCGGCGCUGAAGCCAUGCCAGGCGGCACUGAAGCCAUGCCAGGCGGAAGAGGAGUCGUCAAGACGGUGAGGGUCGAGGUGGUGAGCGGGACGCCUCUCGUAUGGGAUCCAGAAGAUGCUUCAUACUUGCGAGCGGAGUGGCGAAUCGUCGGGGAGCUCCUCGGAUCGUACCCGGCCCGGCCCUUCCAGAACGCCGUCAAGAGCGUCCCGAUGAAGCUGAGCAACGAGGAGAUGACGCUGCUGCUGGAGAAGGGCGUCGCCGUCCCCGUGCGGUACCCGUCUCUGAAGGAGAGCCCGAGCGCGGAGACGAGGGAGAGGCUGGAGCGGCUGAGAGGCGACGCCUACUGGGAGCAGGCGAGGUACCUGCACGAGGAGCGGAGGAAGGAGAUCGAGCAGAACGCGGAGAAGAUCAUCGAGGGGAAGCGGAAGAAGCUCGAGGAGCGGAGGAGCAGGCGGGGAGGAGGCGAGGAGGACGAGGUCGAGGAGGACCUGGACGAGGAGGCGUGCAUCCAGGCGGAGCUGGACAAGAUCCAGCUGAUCCCGCGGCGGACGGCGCUCGUGCAGGGCUUCAAAGGCGAUCCCUGGGUGUCGGACGGCGACGCCGCGGCGAGCGAGUGGACCUUCCCCUCGACGGAGGCGGAGGAGCGGGGGUACCGGGUGUUCCGGCACCUCUGGGAGGGCGGCUGCUACCUCACCGACGGGGCCAAGUUCGGCGGGGACUUCCUCGUGUAUCCAGGUCGGUGCGAGGGCUCUGCCGACGGGCAUCCCGAGAGACCCACGGGAGUCGAAGGGCGGAAUGAUGUCGCGGUGAGAGUGGCGAUCGAGUCGAGAACGAAUGCCAGGGACGUUCCCACCGAGGAACUGGCUUGCAGAGGGGAGAGAGGCAUCGUGGCGUGUCUCUGCUGUUGGCUUUGGGGAAUCCAAGAGCGAGGGCUUGAGGGAGGCGGGCGACCGCUUCUUUCCCGGCUCCCUUGGCCCCCUGUGGCCAGCCGGGAGGUCGAACGGAGGCCGAAAGCAGCAAUUACUUGCGCGAUGAUCGUCGGGAUUCCCAUCGCCGGGGACCGGAUCUCACUUUUUCGUAGGGUUAAUCGGGGUUAA